CGCUUCACCUGCCCCGCCUGCUCCAAAGUCUUCUCCCGCCCCUCCUCGCUCAAAAUCCAUGGGUAUUCACAUACGGGCGAACGGCCAUUCGUGUGUACUGUUCCUGGGUGUGGGCGAGCGUUUAGUGUGAGGAGUAAUAUGAGGAGGCAUAUGAGGGUU